AUGACGCGCGAACGCUACCUCAAGCAGUCGCUCGGCUCACAGUUCACCAACAUCAAGAAUGCGCGCAUCCUAGUCGUCGGCGCCGGCGGAAUUGGCUGCGAACUCCUGAAGAACCUCGUUUGCACUGGCUUCGGCGAGAUCCACCUCGUUGAUCUCGACACAAUCGAUCUCUCCAACCUCAACCGCCAAUUCCUCUUUCGCCAUGCCCACAUCAAAAAGUCCAAAGCCUUGGUCGCCCGCGAGGCUGCCUCCAAGUUCAACCCCAACGUCAAGAUCGAGGCGUACCAUGCCAACAUCAAAGACCCUCAAUUCAACGUUGACUGGUUCCGCGACUUCGUCAUCGUCUUCAACGCCCUCGACAACCUCGAUGCCCGCCGUCACGUCAAUCGCAUGUGCCUUGCCGCAGACGUACCACUGAUCGAGAGUGGUACUACUGGCUUCAAUGGCCAGGUCCAGCCCAUUCGCAAGCGCCUCACAGAAUGCUACGACUGCGCCCCGAAAGAAACUCCCAAGUCAUUCCCCGUCUGCACCAUCCGAAGCACCCCGAGCCAACCUAUUCACUGCAUCGUCUGGGCAAAGAGCUAUCUGUUCAACGAGCUGUUCGGCAUCAGCGAGGAUGAAGCAUCAGAUCUUGACCAUACAUCAGACGAGAAUAACAAGGAGGAGAUCGCCGAGUUGAAGAAGGAGGCUGCUGCCCUGAAAGAGAUUCGCGCAUCUAUGGGCUCAACAGAAUUCCCACAAAAGGUCUUUGACAAGGUCUUUACCCAAGACAUCAACCGAUUGCUUGGUAUGGAAGACAUGUGGAAGACGCGCAAGCCUCCGACUGCUCUGGACUUCGAAGCCGUCAAUGCCGCAGCCGCCAACGUCGACCGCGAGACGAUAGCGGACGAUCAAAAGAACUGGUCAUUGGAAGAGAACUUCGCCGUCUUCUCCGACAGCCUGACCCGUUUGAGCGACCGCCUUGACAAGUUGCGAGCAUCACAAGAGACUGGCGAUGCUCCCCCAAUCUUGACAUUCGACAAGGACGACAGGGACACGCUCGACUUUGUGGCAGCUGCCGCCAACCUGCGAUCCAUCACCUUCGGUAUUGAAACCAAGUCAGAGUUCGACAUCAAGCAGAUGGCUGGCAACAUUAUCCCUGCCAUUGCCACCACAAACGCUACCACAGCUGCUCUGUGUGUGCUAGAAGCCUUCAAGAUUAUGCGCGGUGAUUGGGCCAAGGCGAAGAUGGUCUUCCUGACCAAAUCGACCGAACGCGUUAUCAACAAGGAGUCGUUGCGUCCACCCAGACCCGACUGUGGUGUUUGCGCCACUGCCUACGCUAGACUGGUCAUCAACACCGACAAGACAACCCUCAAAACCUUCGUCGAAGAGGUUCUGGUUCGCAAGCUUGGCUACAAGGAAGAUGAAGUCGAGGUCAGCAACAACGGCGGAGUCUGGUACGAUCCAGACAUGGCAAUGGACGACAACGAGAAUCUCGAGAAGACAUUGAACGAUCUCGGCAUGGUCAGCAACUCAACUGUUCUCGUUCGUGGCGAGGACGAUGAGGGCGAGCGCGUCAACCUUGAGCUUUCGAUUUUCAAUAUGGAACUUGAUCAAUCCACAGCCGCCACAACCGAGUCCUUCACCCUCAUGCCCGAUCUUCAGACCAUCCCCAAGAAGACUCCCGCUCCUACCGCAACAACGACUGACUCCGGAUCAUCCAACGGACACAACCUUCCUACCCGUACAUCUACCAAGCGUACUGCUGAUGAUGCUGACUUGGACGCUGGAGAAACCGAGGCUGAACAGAUCGCCAAGCGCGGCAAGGUCGCCGAGGAGAACAAUGCCAUCGUCGUCGAUGAUGAUGGUGCUAUUAUGCUGGAUUGA